UCAGCGCUGGAGUGUCUGAAGCCUUUGGCUGCUACUGAACCGUUUGGCUCUUUCUCUGCUAGCUAACAGCUAUACAAUGUUCCUCAAUCUUUCUCCAUUAUCUGCCUCUCUUUUUUAAGACUCCUCACAUACUUAUGAUUGUAUAAACACGACGCGCGUCUUUUUUUUUUUUUGCUGGAAUUUAACGAACGGCCAGACUUAUACGGCGUUAUUUUCUUGUCAUAGUCAAAAAGAAUAAUCCGAGGAGGAAAUUCCACACAAGGAGCAGCGACACGGCGCCCUUCUUACCCGGAUUAUAAAUCUUGGUUGUUUACUGCUGACUAAUGAUGAGCCCUCCAGCUGGUCUUUUAUGAUGUCCUGUAUCAAUGAAUGAAUGUGAUGACAUAGGACUGAAGAAAUAUGAUUUCUCUAGUGCCUUGAGGUUGUUUGCCACCAUUUGAAUACUGGAUCACAUGGUGCUCCAACUCGUGGACAGUUCUGUUAUAAAAGCUUUCUGUUGUGGAAACGUAACGCAGAUUUUUGUGGCUUGUGUCCUCUGUGCUGACCUCAUGGUUUAACCAAGAAUAAAGAUGAGUAUAAGCAGUGAUGAGGUUAACUUCCUGGUGUACAGAUACCUACAGGAGUCUGGGUUUUCCCAUUCCGCGUUCACGUUCGGCAUAGAGAGCCACAUCAGCCAGUCCAACAUAAACGGCGCCCUGGUGCCCCCUGCUGCUCUCAUCUCCAUCAUUCAGAAGGGCCUGCAGUAUGUAGAGGCAGAAGUCAGCAUCAAUGAGGACGGCACCCUGUUUGACGGACGGCCAAUCGAAUCGCUGUCGCUGAUUGAUGCAGUGAUGCCAGACGUCGUGCAGACACGCCAGCAGGCCUAUAGGGACAAGCUCGCUCAGCAGCAAGCCGCUGUGGCCCCCCCUGCUGCCACCAGCCUGCAAGGCAGCACCAAGAAUGGAGAGAAUGCCACUAAUGGGGAGGAGAAUGGAGCACAUGCCUUACCUAACAACCAUGCGGACAUGAUGGAAGUGGACAGGGAUGUAGAAAUUCCCCAGAGCAAAGCCAUGGUGCUGCGUGGCCACGAGUCAGAGGUGUUUAUAUGCGCCUGGAACCCGGUCAGCGACCUCCUCGCCUCUGGGUCCGGCGACUCGACAGCUCGCAUCUGGAACCUCAGUGAGAAGAGCACCGGCAGCUCCACUCAGCUAGUGCUCAGGCACUGCAUUCGGGAGGGAGGGCAGGACGUGCCCAGCAACAAGGAUGUCACAUCAUUAGAUUGGAAUAGCGAAGGUACACUACUGGCAACUGGCUCUUAUGAUGGAUUUGCACGGAUAUGGACAAAAGACGGCAAUCUUGCCAGUACCUUGGGUCAACACAAAGGUCCAAUUUUUGCCUUGAAGUGGAAUAAAAAAGGAAAUUUUAUCCUCAGCGCUGGUGUCGAUAAGACCACAAUCAUUUGGGAUGCCCAUACUGGAGAGGCAAAGCAACAGUUUCCUUUCCAUUCGGCUCCUGCACUGGAUGUCGACUGGCAGAGCAACAACACGUUUGCCUCCUGUAGCACGGAUAUGUGCAUCCAUGUGUGUAAACUUGGCCAGGACAGACCCAUUAAGACAUUUCAAGGGCAUACAAAUGAAGUCAAUGCAAUCAAAUGGGAUCCAACUGGCAAUUUGCUGGCUUCCUGUUCUGACGAUAUGACUCUGAAGAUCUGGAGUAUGAAACAGGAUACCUGUGUUCACGACUUGCAAGCACACAGCAAGGAAAUUUAUACUAUUAAGUGGAGCCCUACUGGUACUGGAACCAAUAACCCCAAUGCCAACCUUAUGCUUGCGAGUGCAUCCUUCGACUCCACCGUCCGAUUAUGGGAUGUAGACCGAGGAAUCUGCAUCCACACACUGACCAAACAUCAGGAACCUGUGUACAGUGUUGCCUUCAGUCCAGAUGGCAGGUACCUGGCUAGUGGCUCCUUUGACAAGUGUGUCCACAUCUGGAACACGCAGACAGGUGCUUUGGUUCAUAGCUACCGGGGGACAGGAGGUAUCUUUGAAGUUUGCUGGAAUGCAGCUGGUGACAAAGUGGGAGCAAGUGCGUCGGAUGGAUCUGUUUGUGUAUUAGAUCUACGGAAAUAAUCGUGCUUGUUGCAAGCCAUGGACCGACUAUGAAUGUGUACAUAGCCAAAACGACUGUCCCCACCACACUUACUGCUACAGUCCCUGAACCAUGGCCAGCAACUGCAGCCAAAACAAUCGUACCUGAGGGACAAGCUGAGCCCUCUUUCUUCAGAAGGAGGAUUCCACCCACAGAUGUGAACCAGACAGUCAGAAAGAAGACAACUAGAGCCCAUAUUUGGACCAAAAUUUGAAGAAAGGAAAAAAAAAACGAAACCUCUUUUUUUUGGUUUGUCAAACCAAAAUCCAAGGAUUUAUACUUUUUUGGGUAGAUAACUCUCUGUGCACUUCAUUCGGCAUCAGACAUUUCUGUUCUACUUUUAAAUUUUUCAUUUUUUAAGCUUACAGCUGCAUGAAUUGGAGGAAUCAAACUAUCUUCCUCAAUUUCAUUUUUACUUGGACAGUUAGCAGUUUAAAAAGUCUUUGGCACUGUAUGUUUUAUGGUUCAGACAUUGGGGACUCUGCUGCAUUUCCCCCCUGCGCCUCUUCCUCACUUUUACCUACUCCUAAAUUUUUUUUUUUGGCUGUACGGUUUUGCUGUUGACAUCUAGGUGCAGCAGAUUCUUUCAAGGGGAUAUUUAUUCUGUGGAAUAUAGAGGAAAAUAAAAAAAUAAUGUGGGCACAAAAAUUGGGAAGAUGCAUUAUGCGUCAUUUUGCUUUAAGACCAUAAUUAUGGUUCAAUAGUGCACUAUUGAUAAAGCGACAUGAAAAAAUGUUCAUUCAUAGAACAUUCUGGACAAAGGAUGACUGCUGUAAGUGUAUUCAGGAAGCUCCAUUGUUUAGUAUAUUUCUGAUUACUUGUUGGUCCACACUGAAAUUAGAAACCAGUAUUAAUCAAUCAUUAUUGUAUAGUCUACAAAUAAAUGUGCAUGGCACAAUUUGUUAAAUUUUUAACACUGCAGUUAGGGAGAAUCAAAUCCAUAUACUCCACCAGAAGGGAAAGUUUCUUUAAGUUCUCACUAAACUUUAAAACUCCUGAUCCAAAUAAAACUUUCAGUUUUUUAAUAUUAGCUGUUGGUAGAAACAGUACUGCAGCAACAGCCGUGGUUGUUUGUUUUAAUAUUAAUAAUAAAGCGAGUCUGGGUGUUGGGCACAUCACAGAAGCUGCAGCUGCUGCACGUAAUAUGGACCAGACAUGACUAUGUAAACAACUAAAGGAAAUCAUUUAAUACUCAUACUGAAGCUUUUUUUUUUUUUUUAAAAAACCAUGUGAAACAUUUGUGUUUGGUCUUAAUUAUGUGAUAAGGGAUGUUUCUACUAGGCAAUGGGAAAGUUAUGUUUUGUCCAUUCAUAGAAUUACCAUUACCAUUAGAUCAUAAAAGAGCACUGCAUUUUUCAGAUGUCUGAAAAUGGAAUGUUUUUAUUGUGCAAGUAAAUCAAGUAUUAUCCAUAGAAUUUUGUCUUUAAAGUAUAGGCUUCGAAAUAGCUUUAUUCAGCGUUACUCAAUUAUCCAGCCAUACAGGACAGCUGCAGCAAUAUUGUUUGUCAAUGAAAAAAAAUGGGAUUUAUUUUUUUUUUUGCUAGAAUGGGGAAAAACGACUAAUAUGCAUCCUAACACAGACUUUUUGUGUCUAAUGUAAGUGCAUUGUAUCACUUUGGACACUAUUACAUGGGCUGAAAAUGGCUUAGUAUUUUGUUUUCUGGCUCAAAAAAUAUUGUCCAGUUCCCUCCCUCCCCCUGCCCAUUAAUGUCACAGUUCCCAUAACUCAGAAUCAAUCCUUUGUAUGUGUAUACCUCCUGGAGGUUUUGUACUAUUUGCAAACUUUUGUAAUUCAUAUUUCUGAAUAGCUGUUACAGCAAUGUGAAUGAGAAUGAGAAUUGGACAUGCCUCAGUAUCCUGGAUCAUUUGUAUGGCACGGUUUGAUUCGGGUUACACGCUUCAUCAUAAUUGCCCAGACCCAUCCCUUGUUUCCUUGCUAAAUUGGAUUUGUUGGACUCAGAUUUUCUUUCUGUUGUAUUGGUCUGACUGUUGUAAUUUGAAUCAGAUCGGAAAAAAAAAGUCCAGAUUAAAAUAUAUUUUGAUAUGAA